AUGACCCGACUGACCCUGAAACUCUUGGAGAAGAAACUGGAGCAAGAGUGUGACAAUGUGGAAGGGGAUUCUGAAGAACCCCACCUCGUACCAGGUGAGCACAUCUUCAGGCGCCCAGACCAGGCGCUCCUGUGCAUCUGCAACCCUGGCCGACGGUCGCUCAGGCCACGUGAGCUGGAGGAGAGGACCGCUCUCCCGGUGACAGUGCCCAAGUUCAGGGACAUCUGGAGCCUGGCUCCAGUUCCAGAGGGUCUGUGCCCCGAGGACGUCCUGAGACCCCCUCCCACCGGAGGACCACGCGUCCGUGCGCCGCUGUGCCAGGCGGAGUGCGCGCCCUGGGCGCCCGAUCUCCUCCCUUCAGUGUCUGGGGCUCUCCCUCUCUGGGUGCUGCAGCUCUGCCUUGUGUUGCAGGAACAGCACCUCCUAGAGGAGGGCUCCCAGGCCCAGGCGCGGAGCGGGGUGAACAGAGGAGGAGCCCGUGGGUCAGCGCCGCCCCCAGAGGGGCCCCCCAUGGGCAUCUACCCCGCCGCCUGCCUGCCCCCGCCAGCCGUGGAGCCACCACGGAUUAUCCAACACUCAGCCCCCCAGCCUCCUGCCACCAUCAUUCAACAGCUACCUCAGCAGCCCCUCAUCACACAGAUUCCCCCUCUCCAGGCCUUCCCCACUCAAAGAGCAGGAAGUAUUAAGGAAGACAUGGUGGAGAUGAUGCUGAUGCAGAACGCACAGAUGCACCAGAUCAUUAUGCAAAACUUGAUGCUCAAAGCCCUGCCCUCAUCAGCGUUUUUGCCCUCCGGGGGAUCACAGGCCGCCCCCCUGCAUCCCACCCCUCAGAGGCAGAAGCAGCCCUCCGUGCAUCACCACCACCACUACGCGCCCCCAGGUCCCCUGCAGGCCAUCCCAGCACCUGGCUCCCUGGCUGGUUACUGCACGUGGCCCACGGUGGUCUCGGCCACCGCCCUCCCACCUGCCUCCAGCUUCCUGCCAGCCCUGCACAACUUGGCUGGCCUGUCGUCAGCAGCCCUUAGCCCGUAA